GGAUAGUUUCUAGACUUUUCUAAAUCAAGUUCUUAUGGCGAGCCCAAACUACGUUCUGCUGUUUAUUUAGGAUAUUUUCGUCGUGGAAUCAAAGUAUUUGAAACGGGAGAUCCCACUGAUCCCAUUCAGUGUUACAGGAUUGAAUGCUGGUCAACUCGGCACCUGGUAAAUCCGGAACUUGGUGAAUUUGGCACCGAGAAUAGUGAAUCCGGCAUCUGGUGCCGAAUUCACCAGAUGACGAGUUGACUUGUUACCUUAGGAUUGUGAGUUCCUCUGGUGUGCUAUUUUCAUGGUAUGGCAGUCAGAAGGAUACUGGAAAGAACUCUUAUUCUUGCAGGAUUGGUCAGCAUCUUCAGAACCAUGGCCUGGCGCUCCAGUGGCAAAAGUCAUGUGGAUCUGAUAGACAACCUUGCCAAAAAUGAUAUUCUGAAGACACAGCGUGUUAUAGAUGCGAUGAAGAAAGUUGACCGAGCAAAUUUCUGCAAGUUCAAUCCGUAUAACGACUCGCCACAAACCAUUGGUUACUCAGUGACCAUUAGUGCACCACACAUGCACGCCCAUGCCCUGGAACUUCUAUCAGAUCACUUGACAGAGGGAAAAAGAGCGUUAGAUGUUGGAUCAGGAAGUGGUUAUCUUACAGCUUGCAUGGCUCUCUUGGUGGGACCUUCUGGAAAAGCUGUUGGCAUAGAUCAUAUUCCAGAGCUGGUGUCGGAGUCAGUAGAAAAUAUUAAAAAAGAUAGUAAUUUAGCGUCACUGUUAGAAUCGGGGCAGAUGAAACUUGUGAGUGGUGAUGGGAGACAGGGCUUCCCUGAGGACAGUCCCUAUGAUGCCAUACAUGUGGGGGCAGCAGCUGCCACUCUACCCCAGGCACUUCUGGAUCAGCUAGCCCCAGGGGGAAGGUUGAUAAUUCCAGUUGGACCCCAAGGAGAAAGUCAGAUGUUACAACAGUAUGAUAAAGGAAUGGACAACACAAUCACCAGGAAAAACCUAAUGGGCGUCAUCUAUGUGCCACUCACAAGCAAGGAGAAACAGGUUCCCAGGUGGAAAUGAAUUUUUUGCAUGAGGGAGUAACCUUUCCUUUAUAGCAAAGGAAAAGUUGAUUCCCAUGAAGAUUUAUGACCUGAUCUGUUUCAGAAUAAAAAAAAAACCCUACCGGUAUACUGAGGUAUGAUGCAAUGUUAAAUGCUUCCUUCCCACAAGUGACAUGUUUUAAUUUCUUAUGAAAGUUGAACUAUUCAAUGGUCAAAUUGUCAAUAAAGACAUGUUUUGUUUGCAUUUUUUCAUAUGUUUUAUUGAACUACCUGUAUAUUUGUUUAACCAAGCCAUAAUUUAUUCAUAUCUAUGUAAGGUAACAAAUACUGGUAAACAUGGUAAAUAUCUCAGUUACUUUGAGGUUAAUACUAGUAUAUACUAUUUUUAUACUAUAUAUUGUUCUUCUAUCAACUAAAACUUUAAAAGAAUUAUCUUAAGCCAAAGCAAAACAACAUUUUAAACCUGUAUUUGUUCAACACUCGUUAUCAUGGACUUUUUUCAAGUUCGUUUGAAUUUUGCACAUACCCAGUGGCUUGUUAUUUAAUUCCUUGUUAUAAAAUCUAAACCACUGUAUGUUGUACAGAGCAUGCUUAGGAGUGAUUUAGCUUAAAUCUUGUUAAUUACAAUAAAAGCUAUGAAUAUGUUAA